UUCCUAUUUAGCAAAGCGAGGUAAAUAUAGUCUUUUUUUUUAUAACGAGGAUUUAUUAUUCCUUUCAUGUACUGACUAUCGUAUAGGAGAUCAUUGAUUACCUGCUCUGUAUUGGCACAAAGCACACAGAGGUGCAGCAGCGUCCAGUGAAGCCUAACUGCCUGGUAGAAAGGAAGGGACUGUCUGCGUAGGAAAAGUUGACUUACCUGUAACCCAGGUUCUGGCAUCCCUCACCAACUCUGCCUCACUCUAGUAGUACCUGCUCCGACUUGAAAGUCCAGUUUCACAAGGAAGAAUCGUGGAGGAAGAAAAAUAUGUCACAGGAGACGGACAAUAAGCGGCUGGUGGUGGUGGUACCCAAUGAGACGUCCUUCCAAGGGCGGCGUGCAUACACCAGCGAGGAUGAGGCAUGGCGGUCCUACUUGGAGAACCCUCUGACUGCAGCCACUAAGGCCAUGAUGAGCAUCAAUGGAGACGAGGACUCUGCUGCAGCCCUGGGACUGCUCUACGACUAUUACAAGGUUCCUAAAGAAAAGAGACUGUUGCCCAUCGCCAAAGUGGUUGACAUUUCAGAGGAGCAGGAAAAGAGGGGAGGCUCGGGGACCAGCAUCAACGGCCAGCAGGGUGACAACAUAGAGAUGGUGGACAACCGAGUCCAGGUGCUGAAGUCUGUCCCGGUCAACCUGUCCCUCAACACUGACCACCUGGACAAGAGAGUCAACAUGUCCCUCAACACUGACCACCUGGACAAGAGGGAGGAGUACGGGGCGGGGACGGGUGAUGGACCUGGGGCUAUUGCCUUGGUGAAGGCAGAGAUGUAUGCCCCGGUGUUCAUGGGUCCUGGGGUUGGGACGGGGGCGCACUACCGAGGAGAGGGCGACGAGCAGGAGUCAAGGGUCGUCUAUGAACAGAUGAGUCCGUAUGUAUCCGAUGUGUCAAUAGUUAGUCACGGGGGAUACGUUAAGGAGGACCAGCGCAGCACGCCUGAUGACAGCCCGUAUGAAGAGGAGAGCGAUGUGAAAUACCACACACCCAAGUCUAUAGCACAGGAAGAGUUUAUCUUCGACCAACAAGUAGUGGAUACGUUUCAGUACAAGCUGGAAGCCACCAGGUCACUGCGUGUGAAGCAGGGGGAGGGGCCCAUGACGUACCUGAACAAGGGCCAGUUCUACGCUGUGACGCUCAGCGAGCUGGGAGCUAACAAACGCCUGAGACAUCCAAUCAGCAAAGUCAGGAGUGUCAUCAUGGUGGUGUUCAGUGAAGACAAGAACAGAGACGAACAGCUGAAGUACUGGAAGUACUGGCACUCCCGCCAACACACUGCUAAACAGAGAGUACUAGACAUAGCGGACUAUAAGGAGAGCUUCAACACCAUCGGUAACAUUGAGGAGAUAGCCUACAACGCUGUCUCCUUCACCUGGGAUGUGAACGAAGAGGCCAAGAUCUUUAUCACAGUGAACUGUCUGAGUACAGACUUCUCGUCUCAGAAGGGGGUGAAGGGUCUUCCUCUGAUGAUCCAGAUUGACACAUACAGUUACAACAACCGCAGCAACAAGCCCCUCCACAGAGCCUACUCUCAGAUCAAGGUCUUCUGUGACAAGGGAGCUGAGAGGAAGAUCAGAGAUGAGGAAAGGAAACAGAACCGCAGGAAGAUUAAAGGGAAGGAUGGAGGACUAGGGGUGAUAACUCUCCCUAAGAAGCCUGACACCACCUACUUCAAGACCAUGACUGACCUGGAGGCCCAGCCUGUACUCUUCAUCCCUGAUGUCCACUUUGGAAACCUGCAGAGGGCUGGACAGGUAUUUGCCUUUAACACAGAAGAGAUUGAGAGAGGAGGGAGUGUGUUGGUUAAGAGGAUGUUCAGACCGUCAGAGGAUGACCUCUCACCUCCUUCCCACAAACAGAUCAAAGAGGAAACACACAAGAGAGUCCUGCUGUAUGUGAGGAAGGAGUCGGAUGAGGUGUUUGAUGCUCUGAUGCUCAAGUCUCCAACCCUGAGAGGCCUGAUGGAAGCAAUAUCAGAGAAGUAUGGAGUUCCCACUGAGAGGAUAGCCAAGAUCUACAAGAAAAGCAAAAAAGGGAUUCUGGUGAACAUGGACGACAACAUCAUAGAGCAUUACUCUAAUGAAGACACCUUCAUCCUGAGCAUAGAGAGCUACGCUGACGCCUACAAGGUUACACUCACCGAAAUAUGAUGUCUGAAGGACUCAGUCUAGGGCCGGGGGGGACAGUACAGAGGGACAGGACAGUACAGGAGGACAGGACAGUACAGGAGGACAGGACAGUACAGGAGGACUGAGUGUAGGGUCGGGGAGACAGGACAGUACAGGAGGACUGAGUGUAGGGUCGGGGGGACAGGACAGUACAGGAGGACUAAGUGUAGGGUCGGGGGGACAGGACAGUACAGGAGGACUGAGUGUAGGGUCAGGGGACAGGACAGUACAGGAGGACUGAGUGUAGGGUCAGGGGGACAGGACAAUACAGGAGGACUGAGUGUGGGGCCGACGAGGGACCAGGACCAGAAGCACCGGUUCCAAUACAAGCGCCAAUGCCGUUUAGCAAACUCCAGGCGUUUACAUUUGUUGGAUGACAUGAAAAUAGAGCUCUUUGGCCAGACUUCGAAAUCAGAAUGUAUGAGCAGAAAAUAACCUCAUACCUACUGGAAAGUAUGGUGGUGGAUCUUUGAUAUUUAGGGGCUAUUUACCUUCCACUGGUCCUGGAGCCCUUGUUAAGGUCAACAGCAUCAUGAACUUUACCCAGUACAAGGACAUUUUAGCCAAAAAACCUGGUUGCCUCUGUCAGGAGGCUGAAACUUGGCCGCAAGAGGAUCUUCCAGCAAGACAAAAACCUCAAGCUCACAAAAUACACAAAGAAAUUGUUUAUUGGCCACAAAAUCAGCAGCAAUGGACAUCUUAGUCUCCAGACUUGAAACCCACUGAAAACCUGUGGUUUGAUUUGAAGGGGGCCGUCCAUAAACCCAGUCAAACGAUAUCAAGGAUCUGGAAGGAUUCUCUAAAGAGGAAUGGUCUCAGAUCCCUCCCAAUGUGUUCUCCAACAUAAAACAUUUUAGAAAAAGGCUCAGGGCUGUUAUCCUCACAAGGCGAGGUAUUGAACGCAAGCUCUAGCCAUAGGCGACAUACAGACAGAGUACACAACACUACAGACAUAGUACUCAACACUACAGACAUAGUACUCAACACUACAGACAUAGUACUCAACAGAGUACACAACCCUACAGACAGAGUACACAACCCUACAGACAGAGUACUCAACACUACAGACAGAGUAUUCAACACUACAGUCAGAGUACUCAACACUACAGACAGAGUACUCAACCCUACAGACAGAGUACUCAACACUACAGACAGAGUAUUCAACACUACAGUCAGAGUACUCAACACUACAGACAGAGUAUUCAACCCUACAGACAGAGUACUCAACACUACAGACAGAGUAUUCAACACUACAGUCAGAGUACUCAACACUACAGACAGAGUACUCAACCCUACAGACAGAGUACUCAACACUACAGACAGAGUAUUCAACCCUACAGA